AUAACUUUAUCCAUCUCGAGCCGUUGCACACAGCUAUAGUGAAACCUAUACACAUACAGAUAACAUUCAUAUAGAUUUGCAGUUUUACUAAUUCAGUGCAUCAGACAGCGCAAUCGAAAUUGUAGAAACUAUGGACGGUCAGGACGUUACCAUUCUGACGCUUCCGGAAGACGUCAUACUCCUUAUUUUCCAAUUACUUCCCCAGUUCGAGGUUCUUCACAACAUACGUAUGACAUGCAAAACCUGGAACCAUUAUUCACGAGAUGGAAUAUUAUGGCGACAUAUUCGAGCUCAAGACUUCGUUCGAGAAACCUUCAGAAUUAAGAAUUUCAUGGGAUUUCUUUGCGAUAUAUCACACUUUGUAGAAGAAUUAAAAAUACAAAUGGAUCAGAUUGACAAUUUGCAGGAAAAGCAAUUAUUUUUUCCAAUGUUGAGGAGCUUAAAGUUAUAUGGCUACAGCAAUUAUAAUAAUGAUUCCCUGUCAUGGCUAUCGCGAAAAAACGAUCUAGAAAAGUCGCUUAAAAAAAUAACAAUGAUAUACCCAACGUUGGAAGUAUUGCAUGUGAAUAUUCCCUCGACCGACUUCGAUAUAACAUGCUGUCCUAUAGAUCUGAAAGAGCUCAAGGUUACUUUUUGGUAUAUUGAGGAAAGAAGAAAACCGAGAAGAAAUAUUGGAGAGCAUUUUAAGGCACUCACACAUCUUGGUUUACGCUAUUGUAAGCUUAACAAUCAGACCGUGCUUGCAUUGCUCAGUAAGCUAGAGUGUUUGGAAUCAAUAGAUUUAACAUUAACGUCAUACGAUAACAAUAUUAUGGAUGACGAAGAGAUUCCCGAUAAACCCUGCUCCAAGAGAAUACAGAAAUUUGUGUUAACACAUACGCACCAUAUGUUCUUUCCGCGUGUAUUUAUGUACAUUCUGUUAUCAGCUCACGAACGUAUUCGUUAUAUCGACAUUUCUAGCAUCAGUCAGAAGAGCCCCACGUCGCCACGCCUGUAUAACAUUGCAGAAAAGUGUAGGCAGCUGGUUACACUUAUACUUGGUAAUUAUAAAGAGUAGGAUUUAGAUAUAUCUCCGGAUCAAGAUAAAAACGGAAUCAACACAGGAAUAAGAGAUGUGGUCUCCAACAACAAACACUUGUCAACAAUAAAAAUGAAUUUCGCUGAAGCAAUUAUAGACGAUGAUACUGUUUUGCACGUUUUUCAAACUUGUUCGAACCUACAGUGGAUUGAAAUAUCGGGAUGUGAAAGUCUUUCGGACAACACAUUACGCAAUAUUGUCAACGGAGAAAGGCUUCACACGAUGAAGGUAUCAAAAUGUAAAUUUGUGAGUCAAUGGGGUAUUGGCAAGGCAUUAGAAAGAUGCAAUCGACUUAGAACAUUGCGUGUAGAAGGAAUCGGGACCAUCGAACUUAUUUUAGAAAGGAAAAGCUGUCAAUUAAUGAACUACUUGACGA